AUGGCAGAAGGGGGUGUGACCGAUCUAGCCUUGGAUGAGACUCAGAAAGAACUUCAGGAAUGUCCUAUCUGUUACACUGAGUACAAGGAUCCUAGGAUGCUAGACUGCUCACACAGCUUCUGCCUGAAAUGUCUCCAAGAACUCAGACUGACACAAAAUAAGGAUGACAAGAAUAUUGUCUGUCCGUUGUGUCGCAAGGAAACUGCCCUGACUGGAGCUGGCGUGGACAUGCUACCUGGAGGAUCAAAGGAUGUCAAUCAACAGGAACAGACUGAAGGUCAGGGGUUAAAAGUCAUGUGUCAGGCAUGUGAUGAGGAGAACGAAGCUAUUUCUCGAUGUAGGGAUUGCAAGCAUUAUCUCUGUCAAGAAUGCCUGAAGGCACACAAUCGAUUGGCAUCACUGAGGGCUCACAAGAUUGUGGCUUUGACAGAGCUAAAUGUUGAGUCAGAAGAAAUAACAGAGGACAUUGAACUCAAGAAAGUCCCCAAGUGUUGCAAGCAUACAGAUCAUGAUCUCUGUCUGUAUUGUGACACAUGUGAAGUCCUCAUAUGCAAUGAAUGCACAAACUUCGAUCACAGAGAAUCCCUGCAUUCUCACAUCAGUGUUGAUGAGGCAUUCAGCAAAUGUAAACAAGAAGUAAAUGAAUCUGCAUCUAAAACAGAAGAGUACAUUAAAGCAUUCCUUUCUGCCAACCCCGUUUCAGUAGAUCAUUCACGUUACAGACUUGACAUGAUGCUGGCAAAAACUUACUCUCAAAUUACACUGAAAGCAGAAAAAGAAAUCACCAAAAUCAGAGAGAAAGAAAAACAACUCAAAAAAGAGGCCAGAGACAUUGUCAUUAAACGAGAUAUGGAAUUUGCAUAUGCAACAAUACCAGAGCAGACUCUGAGUAAAGUGAAUGAAGUGAUGACUACUGCAACAUACUAUGAGAUCCUGGAGUCCAAGAAGAAAAUGCUGCGGGAUUUGAAUGAGCAGGUGAAGGUGCAUAAGAGUUUGGAUAUCAAGCAUGGGAAGUCAUUCCUUGGCUUUAAGGAGAGUGAAGAGGAUGUUCAGCUUGGAACUCUGCUCUUGGAGGAGAAAUGGGAGAGAGAUGAAACCUUUGCAAAUGUGUACGGCAGCGGCCAACUUGCAGCGUACUCCACAACUCUAGCCAUCAACAAGGAUGACCAACUUCUGAUCCUAGACAAUCCUGCAGUCAAGAUCUUCAACAAGGAAUACCAGCUCCUUCAUCAGUUCCUACCGGGUAAAGAGGCCGGCGUGGACGGCACGCCGACAUGCCUGGCAGUGGACAGCAGCAAUCUGAUAGCAGACUGGUUGAUCUUAGUUCUUUAA